CACACACACACACACACACUCACUUCAGUCUCUGCUGCAUCAAGAGGCAGAGGAGAGCCGGAGGAGGGUACAGAGGGACGCACAGACUGGGAAUACUCCAGUGGACAGGAUUGUUAGGAGACUCAUGUGCUAAUAUGCUACCGUGCUCCACAAGGGAAGCUGAGCACCGGGGAGUUUGACUGGAUCACUGCACCUGCUCCAUGCACACUGAUUAUGAGGAGCAGCUGAUGUGUGCGAUGGCCAGUCUGGACCUGCAGGAUCUCUUACACACAGCUCCGUGUUAUCGUUACUUCCCAACCAAGCAGCCCAGCCCGAGGAUCUGACGCACCUCCCUCCCCCUGGGUGUCCCUCACUCCUGGGCCCACCAUGGGAGGAUGCUUCUCCAAACCCAAACCAGUUGAAGUCAAAGUGGAACUCUCUCUCCUGGAAAAAGAAAAAGAGGUGGACGGGCUGUCACCAAACGGCAAAGCGAGUCCCUUUGCCGACUCCAGACCCAACGGGGCCCUGGGACACGGCUCUGAUGACGACUCCACCCCGCUCCCCCUCUACCACAAACCACGGGACUAUGUGGAGGCCUCCGUCUGUCAUGUUAAAGAUCUGGAAAACGGACAGAUGCGAGAGGUGGAUUUGGGAAGUGGCAGAGCUUUGUUGAUCAAAGAACAUGGGGAGUUCUCUGCCAUCGCCCACAAGUGUCCACACUACGGAGCACCUCUGGUCAAAGGUGUGUUGUCAAAAGGGCAUGUGCGCUGUCCGUGGCACGGUGCAUGUUUCAACAUCGCAACAGGAGACCUCGAGGACUUCCCCGGGCUGGACAGCCUGCCGAUCUUCCAGGUCAGAGUUGAAAAGGACAAGGUGAUCAUUCGUGCAAACAAGCAGGCUCUUCAGUCACAGAAAAGGUCAAAGCCGAUGUCCCGAUGCUCAGCAGUUAUUAACUCCAACACGGGUUUCAGCCAUGUUCUCAUCAUUGGCUCAGGUCCAGCAGCUCUGGUAUGUGCAGAGACACUAAGGCAAGAGGGCUUCACCGACCGCAUCGUCAUGUGCACCAUGGACAGACAUCCUCCAUAUGACAGGCCUAAACUGAGUAAGUCUUUAGAAAGCACGGCAGAGCAGCUGAGAUUGCGCUCUGUGGAAUUCCUACAAGAUCAUGACAUUGAACUGCUCACAGAGAAAGAGGCUGUGGCGAUAGACGUGAAAACACGAUCUGUGAUAUUUGAAGAUGGCUUGAGGAUGGAGUACAAGAAACUCUUUAUUGCUACAGGAAGCAAACCCAAAACAAUGAUCUACAAAGGACAGGAUGUCGAGAACGUGUUCCACCUCAGGACGCCUGAUGACGCCAACAGCAUAGCGAGGCUGGCCAACAACAAGAACGCUGUGAUUGUGGGGACAUCGUUUGUCGGUAUGGAGGUGGCUGCAGCUCUCUCUGACAAAGCUCACUCGGUCUCUGUCAUCGGGAUCGAGACAGUUCCCUUUAAACAUGCUCUCGGGGAGAAAGUAGGGAAAGCCAUAAUGAAGCUGUUCGAGGUAAACAGGGUGAAGUUCUACAUGCUGAACGAGGUGUCGGAGAUGGUUGGCCAACACGGACAGCUGAAAGAGGUGGCCCUGAAGAGUGGUAAAGUCCUGCGAGCAGACGUGUGUGUCAUCGGAGCAGGAAGUAUUCCUGCAACCGACUUCCUGAAACAGGGCGGCAUCCACAUGGACUCCAGGGGCUUCAUCACCGUCAACAAGAUGAUGCAGACAAGUGCUGAUGGGGUCUACGCUGGAGGAGAUGUGGUGGUGUUUCCUUUCCCGCCGCGCAACAACAAGAAGGUGAACAUCCCUCACUGGCAAAUGGCUCAUGUACACGGAAGGGCGGCGGCUCUCAGCAUGAUGGGCAGAGCCGCUGAGAUCAAAACUGUGCCUUACUUCUGGUCAGCCAUGUUUGGGAAGACCAUUCGCUAUGCAGGGUAUGGUGAAGGAUUCGAUGAUGUCAUUAUACAAGGUGAUCUGGAUGAACUGAGAUUUGUGGCGUUUUACACCAGGAGUGAGGAGGUGGUUGCUGUUGCCAGCAUGAACUAUGAUCCCAUUGUAUCCCGAGUGGCAGAGGUCUUAGGAUCCGGAAAGACGAUUAAGAAACGAGAUGUGGAGACUGGAGACAUUUCUUGGCUGACUGACAAAGGCUCUCAAUGACUUCACAUCUGAAGGACUGGAGACUUCACUAUGGACACUACUGGUGCUGAGACACUGAGCAGCUAUCUCAGUAUGGA